AUGCCCCACACACAAUUCCAGUCUUCUCCAUAUCUCAAUGUGGGCCCCUCAUCAUCUCACUUUAGCCCUGAUCUGGGAUUUCCCGAAGAAUAUGACUCAACGUACCAUCAAGCACCACAUCACCAUAGCACCCAACAGUCGCAAUACCAAACACCCCAAGAUUCAUUUCCUUUUUAUCCCCUUUACUCAAACAACCAUUGCUAUAGACCAUCCAUGGAAUCCCACCCCCUACCAAGACGAUCAAACUUUGAGGGCAUGGGUAACCGACUGUACCAAAGCGGAUCUUCCAUAUAUGAUGAUCUGACAGAUUUAAUGGAUCCUGUAUGCAUUGACUUCGCUGGGCCAUCGACCCAACCGCAGCAGGAAAAUCGACGAAACCCACCACGAGAUAAGCGAUGA